ACCCAAGGUUCCGGGAACUGAGCGCGUUUCAGACUUUUCUCGCUGGGCUUCCGCUGGCCUCAGAUCCCAGGAGGGCGUCCAGAACGAGCCUGGUCCAGGCCUUGGCGGCUAGUGGCAGCCCCCGAACAGCUCAAUGAGAGGGGCGGCUGAGGAAAGGUGCCACAGCAGAGACACGCAGGAGAGGCCCUAGAACCUUUUCAAAGAAGAAUGGAAGAAAAUAAGAAGCUUGCUACAGUAGAAGACACUGUGGAGUACUGCCUGUUCCUAAUACCAGAUGAAUCAAGGGAUCCAGAAAAACACAAAGAGAUUCUUCAGAUGUAUAUUGAGAGAAUAAUGACCCAGUUUGCAUCUAUGCUGGUCCCCUACAUCUGGCAGAAUCAGCCUUUCAAUCUCAAAUAUAAGCCUGCAAAAGGAGGUGUUCCUGCUCAUAUGUUUGGCAUGACAAAGUUUGGGGAUAAUAUUGAGGAUGAAUGGUUUAUUGUUUAUGUAAUAAAGCAGAUUACAAAGGAAUUUCCAGAAUUAGUAGCAAGGAUUGAAGACAAUGAUGGUGAGUUCUUGUUAAUAGAAGCUGCUGACUUUCUCCCUAAAUGGUUGGAUCCUGAUAAUAGUGCCAAUAGGGUGUUUUUCCAUAAUGGGGAGUUGUGCAUUAUUCCUGCACCAAGGAAACAUGGAACAGUAUCCUGGUUACCCACCACACCCCCAACAAUUCCACAAGCAUUGAAUAUAAUUUCAACACAUCCAGAAGAAAUUUUGGCUUCAGAAUCUAUACGAGCUGCUGUGAAUAGGCGCAUCAAAGGGUACCCAGAAAAAAUUCAAGCCUCCCUUCAUCGAGCACACUGCUUCCUUCCAGCUGGCAUUGUAGCAGUGUUAAAGCAGCACCCCAGAUUGGUCGCUGCAGCAGUCCAAGCAUUUUACCUACGGGACCCCAUUGACCUGCGAGCCUGUCGUGUUUUCAAGACGUUCUUGCCUGAAACACGAAUAAUGACGUUGGUCACUUUCACUAAAUGUCUGUAUGCACAAUUGGUGCAACAAAGGUUUGUGCCAGACCGGCGGAGUGGAUACAGGCUGCCCGCGCCAUCUCAUCCCCAGUACCGAGCACAUGAAUUGGGCAUGAAGUUGGCUCAUGGAUUUGAGAUCUUGUGCUCCAAAUGUAGCCCACAUUUUUCUGACUCCAAGAAAUCCCUUGUGACUACCUCACCGCUCUGGGCCAGCUUCUUUGAAAGUCUGAAAAAGAAUGAUUACUUUAAGGGAUUACUAGAAGGUUCUGCUCAGUACCAGGAAAGGCUAGAAAUGGCAAAAAACUACUUCCAACUCUCAGUAAACCAAUCAGAAAGUUCUCUUGCUAUGAUCCCAGGUGAAGAAAUCUUAACCUUAUUAGAGACAACACCAUUUGAUAUAGAAGAGCUUAAGAAAGAAGAAGCUAAUCUUCCCCCAGAGGAUGAUGACCAGUGGUUAGAUCUCUCACCAGACCAGCUGGACCAGCUGCUGCAGGAAGCUGCUGGCAAAAAAGAAUCAGAGCCCAUUUCCAAAGAAAAGGAGGAGCAGAACUAUGACUUAACUCAAGUCUCAGAGAGCAUGAAAGCAUUCAUAUCCAAAGUGUCAACCCACAAGGGGGCAGAGCUGCCUCGAGAACCUUCUGAGGCUCCAAUCACUUUUGAUGCAGAUUCUUUUCUUAAUUAUUUUGAUAAGAUUUUAGGGCCAAGGCCUCAUGAGUCAGAUUCCGAUGAUCUGGAUGAGGAAGACUUUGAAUGUUUAGACAGUGAUGAUGAUUUGGACCUUGAAACACAGGAGCCUGGCGAAGAGGCUUCUCUUAAGGGAACUCUUGACAAUCUCAAGUCAUACAUGGCCCAGAUGGACCAGGAACUGGCACACACCAGCAUUGGCAAAAGCUUCACUACCUGGAAGCAAGUGGAACCUCUAUCCCAGACUACCAAUAACAAUUCAGAUGAGGAAGAUUCUGGUGCAGGAGACUCUAUUAUGGCAGCAGUGGAUGUGGACCUGAACCUGGUUUCAAAUAUAUUGGAAUCUUACAGCUCUCAAGCUGGACUGGCAGGACCUGCUUCUAACCUUUUGCAAAGCAUGGGAGUGCAGCUGCCUGACAACACUGAUCACAGACCCACAAGCAAGCCAACGAAAGAUUAACCAGCACACCUUCCUUCUCUUUUUUCAUUUUAAAUAAAUAUUGAGCCUGAUUUUGUUCAUUUCUAGUUUAAAUUGCUUGUUUAGUAAAAAUGUUUCUUCAUUA